GGGACGGUCCCGGCGGGAGCCUCGCCGCGCGCUGGGGCACGUCUGACGUAGCCCUCAGUAGCUUUCGUGGCGAAGGCCCGGGCUCGCCCCUUCGGCCUUCGAAGCGUGACCUCCACCGAAAGGCCACGAGCGGGCGGAGAGAAACGACCGGCAGGGAGGGCGGCCUGGAAAGCCACAAGAGGCGAAAAGUUGAGCCUCAACUCCGGACCCACACUGCAGCGCGGGAGGGAGAGAGGCGUCGCGGCGGCCCGUCUUGAGGGAGCAAGGCGGACCGGCUGACAGACGCUGGGCAGCGCUCAGAGGCGACCUGCACUCAGACAGCCACGGAGAACGAGUCGAGAAAAGACUGUGCCUAUAAAAGGCUGCUGCGCCAGCCCUGCUGCUCCUUAAGGUCGCGGCCGCUGUCCCGUUGACCUCGCGUCCCCGCGCGCCAUGGCCCGGACGAAGCAGACCGCCCGCAAGUCGACCGGCGGCAAGGCCCCGCGGAAGCAGCUGGCCACCAAGGCGGCCCGCAAGAGCGCGCCGGCCACGGGCGGCGUGAAGAAGCCGCACCGCUACCGGCCGGGCACCGUGGCGCUGCGCGAGAUCCGGCGCUACCAGAAGUCCACCGAGCUGCUGAUCCGCAAGCUGCCCUUCCAGCGGCUGGUGCGCGAGAUCGCGCAGGACUUCAAGACGGACCUGCGCUUCCAGAGCUCGGCCGUGAUGGCGCUGCAGGAGGCCAGCGAGGCCUACCUGGUGGGCUUGUUCGAGGACACCAACCUGUGCGCCAUCCACGCCAAGCGCGUCACCAUCAUGCCCAAGGACAUCCAGCUGGCUCGCCGCAUCCGCGGGGAGCGGGGCCGGCCAGGACCGGGUGUGUUCCGGCCGCGCCUCCUGGUUACUGUGCUCGGCCGCGGCUUCGCUCCUCUGCGGCCCGGGGGCACUAGCACGGCCACACCCCGCGCGCCUUCGCGCUGCCUGUUCGGCCGCCUCGGGGGGACGAGGUGGGAGGGGAGCGGGGCGCGGCGCCAGGGGCUUCAGGGCCGCUUCGUCACUUGGCGGCGCUCGGCCUUUCGGUCCGGAAAAUGCGGUUGGGCCGUUGAGAGUGUGGACAAGGCAGACUCAGCCGCCAAAGCCAUACAGAGUGCGGCCUUGGCGUUUGAGCGCGUAGACCACGUCCAUGGCAGUGACCGUCUUGCGCUUAGCGUGCUCGGUGUAGGUGACAGCGUCACGGAUGACGUUCUCCAGGAACACCUUCAGUACACCUCGCGUCUCCUCGUAGAUGAGGCCGGAGAUCCGUUUGACGCCACCACGGCGAGCGAGACGCCGAAUUGCCGGCUUUACUGCCCACAGCUCCUUGGUCGAAACAAGGGAGUCAUGGCCCGGACGAAGCAGACCGCCCGUAAGUCGACCGGCGGCAAGGCCCCGCGGAAGCAGCUGGCCACCAAGGCGGCCCGCAAGAGCGCGCCGGCCACGGGCGGCGUGAAGAAGCCGCACCGCUACCGGCCGGGCACCGUGGCGCUGCGCGAGAUCCGGCGCUACCAGAAGUCCACCGAGCUGCUGAUCCGCAAGCUGCCCUUCCAGCGGCUGGGGCGCGAGAUCGCGCAGGACUUCAAGACGGACCUGCGCUUCCAGAGCUCGGCCGUGAUGGCGCUGCAGGAGGCCAGCGAGGCCUACCUGGUGGGCUUGUUCGAGGACACCAACCUGUGCGCCAUCCACGCCAAGCGCGUCACCAUCAUGCCCAAGGACAUCCAGCUGGCUCGCCGCAUCCGCGGGGAGCGCGCCUAAGUCGUUCAUUAAGUAACUUAAAAGGCUCUUUUCAGAGCCGCCUA